UCCAGCUGCAACCACCACAUGUGGCUUUCCCUAUCCCUGGCCUUGUGACUCAGGCGGCCCCCGAAGGAAGCAAUCCUCUUUUUGGCAAUCACCAGGAACGGGAGAGGAGGAGGGGGGCUAGGUGGUGACAUCACAGUUGAAGGGUAUAAAAACUUCAAGGCAAAAUAGAAUUGAAAUUGAAGAUACAACCUGACAGAGCAGCCUGCGAUCCUGGGGCCCCUUCAGCCUCAUCCCCACAGACGUCUGGCGGCAGAUUCCCCCUAUACCAAGGCCUACCUGCUGACUCCAUGCUGGCUUCUCCCUGCCUUCUGUGGCUCCUGGCCAUGACCUUCUCCUUGGUUCCUAGAGCUCAGCCCUUGGCCCCUCAAGACUUUGAGGAAGAGGAGGAAGAUGGCACAGCGUUGCCACCGGCUGUUCCCUGUGACUAUGACCGCUGCAGACACCUGCAGGUGCCCUGCAAGGAGCUGCAGAGGGCUGGCCCAACUGCCUGCCUGUGUCCGGGGCUAUCCAGCCCAGGUCAACCUCCCGAACCGCCACGCCUGGGAGAGGUGCAUGUUGUGGCUCAGGAGGGUCUGGCCAUUGUCCACUGGUGUGCCCCUUCCUCCCCGGUGCACCAUUACUGGCUGCUGCUUAGGGAAGGCAAUAGAGCGCCGCAAAAGGGUCCCCUGCUGAACGCUACCUUCCGAAGAACAGAGCUUAAAGGACUGAAGCCUGGAGGCUCUUACAUUGUUUGCGUUGUGGCAGCUAAUGAGGCUGGGGAAAGCCAGGUGCCCGGUUGGGAGGGCCCCGAGGGGGCAGACGUGUCUGCCUUUGGGCCUUGCCGCCGCCUAUCCGUGCCGCCAACCCCCCUCACCCUGGUCCACACCGCUGUGGGGGUGGGCACUGCCCUGGCGCUGCUGAGCUGCUCCGCCCUGGUCUGGCACUUCUGCCUGCGGGAACGCUGGGGCUGUCCACGCAGUGCUCCCUCCAGAGCCGCAGGGGCACUCUGAAGGGGCCUGGAGGAACAGUCAAGUCCCACCUGGGGUGUUCAGCUCUUCCCUGCCAGAGGAGAGGGUGAGCGGGGGUCAGCGCCAGGACAGGCAGGACGGCAGGCAGGAGGCCAACUCCAGGCGCCUAAGGCACAGCCCAAACUUUACUCAGUUCUCUGGGUUGAGCACUUGGGUCCCAGACUUGUCUUGUUGUUCCCUGGCUGAGGUUUAAGAGAGAGUAGAGAGGGUCCCUCGAUUUUUUCCUAAAGGGCUAGAUAGUAAAUAAUUUCAGCUUUAUGGGUUGGAGAGGAUAACAUCAAGGUACUUACAUGACCAUUUAACCAUUUAAAAACCAUUCCUUAGCUUUAUGGGCCUUACAAAUUAGGUCUGGGGCCUGUUAGCGGUAGUUAGCACACCCCAGUCAUACACCCCCAAAAGGGCUUGUCACUGUGGAUGGCUUGGGUGGAAUUUUGAGAAUAAGCUGCUGCAGGAUGGGCCCUUGGGGCUGGAGACCUUUUGUUUAGUUACUGAGGGUAAGCCCACCCCAGUCCAUUUCCACCUGUGUGCAAGGAAGGUGGAAAAGAAAGGGAAAGCCCAAAUGCAGUCUGAGACAAAUUUGUGUUCCUGCUAGUUAAAACAAAACAUAAACAACCUCGGUACCAAGGAAUUUCUCCCUUUUCACCCAUUUGUUCAUUGUAUAUCCACUGUAACAACAUUAAAGGACAUUU